CCACCUGGACCCGACCAAGUCCACGUCUUGCAUAGGUUUCUUCGUCUAUCGAAAUUUCAACCUCAAGAGUUCCCACCCGAAAUAAUGUUUUAGUUUUUGUCUUAUAGAGCGAGCAGCAACAGAGACUUUGCAAGGUUGGGUUAAAAAUCAGGGACACUCAUGUCAAGCAACGGCUCCGAUUGGACGUCGCUCAAGGAAGACAGGACUCCAAUCACAAGUCGUGCAGUAUCCUUGGUGGUGUCUAUCUCAGAGAUCACAGCAGCAAUGGCAUGCAUAGAAGUAGAAAAGAAUAACUUCAUUGAAAUUGGAAGCUAUCUUUACCGGGCUUCUGCAGCUGUCAUGGAGUUGCAGACAACAGAGAACUCGUCAACAAUCACAGCAAAGAUUUUACAGUCUCUAUCCAAAAGCAUUGGUUUGGCCAAAGAAAUUGUUGGAAAAUGCCAAAAGGGUGCCCACAAAAGUCUGAAUUUCGAAGUAAGAAGCGCUAUAGAACAGCUUGAAGGGGUCAUAAAACACAUAGGGGAAGACCUGAGUUCAAUACCAUCAUCAACAUUCGCAGACCAAGAAUACAUUGAAAUUGCAGUUCGCUCUCUUUCAAAGGAAAUGAAAAGUGUUCACUUUGAAGUAACACAGAUUCAACUACCAGAGAAGAAAGAACUUCAACCCUUCAUAGCAAGGAAAGAACAAGCACCGAUAGAAACAGACCUCUACGCUAUUGACGUUGAACUUUCCAUGGAGAGUACUCAGUCAUCGGACAUACCAUAUCUCCAUCCGGUUGAAUCUCUUGAAAGCAUAAUUAGGAGCGGCCAAACGAGGGAUAUGAACAGCAGCUCUGGAUCCUCGACAACUUUGCCACAUGUAGAGUACAUGGAACCUCUGUAUGACACUUUCUUCUGUCCAUUGACAAAAAAGAUUAUGGAUGAUCCAGUCACCAUAGACAGCGGAGUAACCUAUGAGAGGAAGGCAAUUACCGAGUGGUUUGGAAAUUCUAAAAACAAGGAGCAUAUUAUCUGCCCAAAAACAGGGAAGAAGCUAGUGAGUAGAGUUUUGAGCACCAAUAUGGCUUUGAAGGCAACAAUAGAUGAAUGGAAAGAAAGAAAUGAAGCAUCAAGAAUCAAGGUUGCCCGGGCAGCCCUGUCACUGGCCAGUACAGACAGUAUGGUCUUGGAAGCACUUCAAGAUUUACAGAGUAUCUGCCAUGGGAAUUAUACCAAUAAAAUACAGAUUCUCAGCAUUGGAAUGUUACCAUUGGUUGCUAAAUUCCUGGAGUAUAAAGACAGAAAUGUGAGAUGUGCAACACUGAAAUUAUUGCUUCAACUGGCUGAGGAUGACGAUGAGGGCAAGGAAAUGGUAGCCAUGACAGUUAACAUGUCAAUCAUAGUCAAGAUGCUGUCAAGUAAUCACCAACCCAUAAGGCACGCGUCACUGCUACUCUUGCUUGAGCUGUCAAAAUCUCAAUCCUCGUGUCAGGAAAUCGGAUCUGUUCCUGGAGGAAUUCUUAUGCUAAUAACAAUCAAAUACAAACGGUCCUCUGAUACCUUCGCUUCAGAAAAAGCAGACAAAAUCUUAAGGAACUUGGAGCGGUCUCCAGAUAACAUCAAGCAAAUGGCAGAAAAUGGACACUUGGAACCACUUCUAAAUCAACUUAUUGAAGGUACUGAAGAGAUGAAGCUGGAGAUGGCAAGCAACCUUGGGGAAAUUGUACUUGGACAUGACAGCAAAACCCAAGUGGCAGAGAGGGCUUCUCCUGCUCUCGUCAAGAAUGGGUGCACAGUGGAAACUCUCUGAUCAGGCAAUGCCGCAUUUAGCUCUAAAGCAAAUACUGUUUACCACCCAAACAGCAAAGUACUUGUUGAAGCUGGAAUAGUAAGAAUGAUUGUUGAAGAGAUGUUCACACGGACAAUCUACAAUGAACCCAUGAACUCAAAGAAAGAAGCCGCUGCAAUACUUGCAAAUAUACUCGAGUCCGGGAUAGAGCUAGAGGCCCUUCAAGUGAACUCCCGUGGCCACACAGUGGAUUCAGAUUACAUCUUGUACAACAUCAUCCACUUACUCAAGAAUUCAACCCCAGAUGAACUCAACAUCGACCUUAUUAGAGUCCUCUUAUGCUUGACAAAGUUUCCAAAAUCAUCAGCUACAAUUGUGUCUGUGGUAAAAGAGGCCGAAGCAAGCUACAACCUGAUUGAACUAAUCAAUAACCCGAAUGAGGAACUUGGGGUUGCAGCAAUUAAACUGCUCAUCACACUCUCACCGUACAUGGGUCAUACCUUAGUAGACAGACUAUGCAAAACUAGAGGUCAACCUGAGAGCCUAAUCCAAAGUCCAACUGAAACAACCCGAAUCACAGAGAAGCAUGCAGUUUCAGCAAAUUUCCUUGCAAAGCUCCCUCACCAAAACAUUACACUCAACCUAGCUCUCCUUAACAAGAAUACAGUCACCACAGUCCUGCAGACAAUCAAUCAAAUCCAAAGAAGCGGCACAAGAACAAGCAGGUAUGCAAGUGCUUACUUAGAAGGCCUAGUGGGUAUUCUUGUCAGAUUCACAACCACACUAUAUGACCACCAGAUACUGUUUCUUGUGACAACCAACAACUUCACUUCAGUAUUCACGGAAUUGCUUAUGAAAACAUCAACUGAUGAAGUUCAGAGGUUAUCAGCAAUUGGGUUGGAAAAUCUCUCAACACAAUCAGUUAACCUAUCAAAACCACUAGAAGUGAAGAAACCCAAGUACAAAAGAUUGCUCUUUUUAUCAAAAUGUGCAUUUUUAAAAUCAUCAAAGCACAAAAACAUACUGGUAUGCCCAGUUCACAGAGGGGUUUGUUCUUCAAAAGAUACCUUUUGUUUGCUUGAAGCCAAGGCAGUUGAGAGGCUGUUGGGCUGUUUGGAGCAUGAGAAAGUUGAGGUGGUUGAGGCUGCCUUGUCAGCUAUAUGUACAUUGUUGGAUGAUAAGGUUGAUGUGGACAAGAGUGUAACAAUACUGAGUGGAGUAAAUACCAUUCAGCAUGUGUUGAAUGUGGUGAGGGAUCACAAAGAAGAAAGUCUGUGGAAGAAAUCAUUUUGGGUGAUUGAAAGGUUCUUGAUGAAGGGUGGGGAAAGUUCUGUUUCAGAUAUAUCACAAGAUAGGUUACUUCCUGCUACAUUGAUCAGUGCUUUCCAUCAUGGAGAUAGGAAUACUAGGCAGAUGGCUGAGAAUAUCUUGAGGUAUUUGAAUAAGAUGCCCAAUUUCACUACCAACUUCACCAUGUGAAGUCUCUCAUGCAUCUAUGACACUGAUUGUGAACAUGUAUAUGUUAGGUAAUGUGGAUUAUGCAAUCAUGAUAAGUGGAAAGCAUAUUUUAUGCUGACUUGCCAGUAUUGUCUGAGAAAUUUUGAUGUUUGACCUUGAUCAUUAAAAAAUUGUUCUUUGGGUUACA